ACAAGACUAAAGGAACCUGCUCCUCUGCUGUUCCCUAUUUGACUUUCAUUUUUCUUGAUCAAUUCCAAAGAGAAACGUGUCUCUUACUCUCUUUUUGUGUCUUCUCACUUCAAAACAUCAUAUACCAGAACAAACAAGAAUUUCAGAAGCAAAAAGAAAGAAAGAAAGAAAGAAGGCUAUGAAAAAAAUGGGAGCUACUGCAACUCCAUUAUUCAAGGAUCAUUAUUCCAUUUCAAUUAUCUCACUCACAAAGACGCUUCUUCCUUGGACUUUCUUUGCUCUUUUUUCCAUAGCUUUUGUUCGUUUGUACUUCUAUCCUUUUCUACCUUUUACUACUACUCCAUCACCAAAAACUGAUGACUUCUCCCACUCCUCUUACCCUUUUCUUCAUGCUUCUCUCCCUUCUUCUUCACCUUCUCCUUUGUCUUCAGAGAAGGAAAAAGUUUAUGAAGAAAAAUCAUGUGAUUACUCUAAUGGCAAAUGGGUCCGUGACAAGAGAGGACCUUUGUACAAUGACACAAAUUGUGGCAUGAUGAAAGAAGGUAGAAAUUGCAUAACACAUGGAAGACCUGACUCAGAGUACCUUUAUUGGCGAUGGAAGCCAAGUGAAUGCAACCUUCCAACGUUUGACCCCAACAUUUUUCUCCAACUUGUUAGGAACAAGCACAUUGCUUUCGUUGGUGACUCUCUUGCUAGGAACCAAUUAGAGUCAUUACUAUGCAUGAUAUCCACUAUUUCAACUCCAAAAGUUGUGCACCAAAAUGGUGAUGGUCAAGGUAAAUUUGGUCAAUGGCACUUUGCUUCACACAAUUCAACCAUAUCAUUGUAUUGGUCUCCAUUUCUUGUUCAAUGUGUUGAGAAAUCAAGCACAAGGCCCAAUAAUUUGUUGUAUUUGGAGCGUGUUGAUGAGAAAUGGGCUAGGCAUAUGGAUCAGCUGGACACGAUUGUGUUAUCAAUUGGGCAUUGGUUUUUGCUUCCAGCAAUUUACUAUGAAAAUGGUUCAAUUCUAGGUUGUCAUUACUGUCCUGGUCUUAAUCACACAGAGAUUGGAUUUUAUGAUGUGUUAAGGAAGGCUUUGAGGACUACAUUUAAUAGCAUAAUUGAGAGGAAAUUAAGAGGUAAGGGCAAAAAUGGAAUUAUCGAUGUGGUUGUGACAACAUUUUCACCCCAUCAUUUUGAAGGUGAUUGGGAUAAGGCUGGUGCAUGUCCAAAAACUAUGCCUUAUGAGAAGGGGGAGAAGAAACUUGAAGGAAUGGAUGCUGAGAUGAGGAAGAUUGAGAUUGAAGAAGUGGAAAUUGCUAAUAAUAAGGCCAAGUCCGAAUUUAAUGAAUUUGGAAGGCUUAUUAGGUUAGAGGCAUUAGAUGUAACGGAAUUAGCAUUGUUGAGACCUGAUGGGCACCCUGGUCCUUACAUGAAUCCUUUUCCAUUUGCCAGUGGAGUUCAAGAACAUGUGCAAAAUGAUUGUGUUCAUUGGUGUUUGCCAGGGCCUAUAGACACGUGGAAUGAGAUUUUGAUGCAGAUCAUGAGAAAAUGGGAGAAAUAGAGACAAUGUAACGAGUUAAGGAGAAUCAUAUUUAUCUUCUUAAUUUUAUUGUAUACUUUAGGAACAUUUCAUGGUGGUCAUGGAAGGACCAAUUCCAGU